CUAAAUGCCGAAGGAAGCUGAACAUUUCCGGUGAAGAACAUGGAAGACGAAGAGCGGCUGCCGCUCGGGGGGAACCCGGACUGGAUGUCCCGUCUGCCCGGGGAGCUGCUGGAUGUCCCGCUGUGGAACCUGGCUCUACCCGGGAGCCACGACAGCAUGUCUUUCUGCCUGGACGUCUCAUCUCCGGUCGUGAGAUCGGAGCCCUGCGUCCUCAGGGCGAUCGACCGGCUGUUUCCCUGCUGGACUCGAACCUGCGUCUCCCUGUGGGCCACCACGCAGCAAUCGGUCCUCAGUGAUCAGUGUGAGCUUGGCGUUCGUUUCUUGGACCUGCGGAUUGCGAGGAAGCCGGCUGGUGGCAACACAUUGUUCUUUGCCCACGGCAUCUACACACUGAUGACCGUGCAGGAGGCCCUGCACGAACUGGCUUCUUGGUUGGACGCUCAUCCUAGAGAGAUCGUAAUCGUUUCCUGCUCGCAUUUCGAGUCGCUGAGCGAUGAAGAUCACGUCCACCUUGCGGAUUUCAUCAUCACUCUGUUCGGAGAGAAACUCUGCCUCUCACGGGACAUUCCCACUCUGCGUUCCUGUUGGUCCAGAGGUCAGCAGGUCGUGGUUUCCUAUAGCAACCAGCAGAUGGUGCUGCUGCACCCUGAGCUGUGGACUGAAAUACCGUACAGGUAUGCAGACAGCCCAGAUCCUAUGAAGGUGAUUGCCUACCUGGAGGACCAGAAGCACAGAGGAAGACCAGCCGGUUUCUACGUCAGCGGCCUGAACCUGACGGAGGACGCUCCCUACGUCCUCCUCCACCCCCUCCAGGGCAUGAGGAAGAUGACGGCGAGGGCUCUCCCGUUGCUGCUCAGCUGGACCAGCGAGCAGCGGCCGGGCGUAGAGGCGGGCGGGGUCAACAUCCUCUGCUGCGACUUCGUGGCGGUCAGUCGGUUCUGCUCGCUUGUGAUCGGACUCAAUUACAAACUGCUCGCUGCUCCAGACGCCGCGAGCAUCUCACGCAGAUGAUGUUGGCCGUUGCCGUGGCAACAAGACCAGAGGGCCAACAUAGAUAAAGAUAAAUCGGACAUAUUUUUUUAUCCUAUUUUUGUUUGUUUGUUUGUCCCGAUGCAUUUUGUACUCUUUCUCCAUUUCUUGCCAUUUGUAAAUAUACUUUUACAUAUUUUUUAACGCAGCUCCCUGUGUGUAAUCACAUUAGCAUAAUUAGCAAAGCUGUCAAAAAUGAUAAAUGUCACCUCUGAGCUUUCGUUAA